UAUUGAUAUGUUAUUGAUAAAUAUAAGUUAGAAUAAUUUAUAAAUGUUAUUGAAGUUAUAGAUAAAUAUAAUUAUUAGUUUAAGAUAAAUAAAAUGUUAUUUAGAGGUGAAUAUAAGUUGAUAUAAGAUACAGAUAAAUAAACUCAUUAUAAGUUAUUGAUAAAUAUGUUACUGUUAAAACAUAUAAAUGUUACUGUUGAAAAUUAUAGAUAAAUAUAUUUGUUAUAAGUUCUCGCUAAAUAUAGAUGUUAUUGAUAUAAGUUAAAAAAAAUAUGCCAUAGAUAAAUAUGUUGUUAUAGAGAAACAGAGACUAUGCUACUCUGAUAAGUUAAAAUGUUAUAAAUAUUAGUUAUAAGUUAUUAAUAUAAGUUACUGUUGUAUGUUACAGAUAAAUAUGUUAUUGUAAUAAGUAAAAGAUAGAUGUAAGAUAUAGAAAAAUGUAAGUUAUUGUUAGACAGAGGCCGGAGGAAACUUUGUCUCUGCAGAUGUUUCAAUAAACUUUAGUCAGUUAAAAAUCAUUACGGACUGAACUUCCUGUUGUUUCUUUCUUCUUCUCCUGUUUCUGUCUCAGGACUUUAACUCACUUCCUGUUGACAGCAGAGAAUCUGAUCUGAGAUCUGCUGCUGUCGACACAAACUGAACGAGUUUGACCUGCAGAAACUCUCAGCAGCCUACAAACUGAUCCUGUUACAGCUUCCUGUUUAUAUUUCUGUUUCUAUCCUUCAACAUGAGCCACCUGGUCCUCAGACACAAGGCUGCGGCGCUGCCUCCUGUCUACAGUUUAGUCGUUGCUGAAUACAUCCACGUCCUGCAGGUGGAGCUGUUGGGUAGCUAACUGACAAAGCUAACAUUUGCAUGCUAACACAGAAGAUUUUCAAAUUACGUUUUAUUAAAAUAACACAACAAAACUAUAAUUAUAAAACAUUGAAACUUCCCUCUCAUUAUUAACUGUGAUUAAAGCUACCACACAGAAAUUAAAAGGUAAUAAACAUUUAUAAAUAUUCAUCUUUAGCCUCUAAAACAGAAAUGUUUGGACGUUGUUUGGAUGUCAGGACAGAUGUUUGCUAAAAACAGAUUUACACAUUUAAUGAAUUCUUUAUCAACUGAGACAUUUCUGAAGUUCAAUGACCUGAUUUAAAUCAAUGGGUUGAAGGUUGUUACUGAGUUUAUGUUCAGACUAACGUUCAAAGGCGAUGAUGGUGGACAGGUGGACAUGUGGACCGGAGGACAUGUGGACAGGUGGACCGGAGGACAUGUGGACCAGAAGACAUGUGGACAGGUGGACCGGAGGACAUGUGGACAGGUGGACCGGUGGACAUGUGAACAGGUGGACCAGAGGACAGGUGGACCAGAGGACAUAUGGCCCAGAGGACAUGUGGACAGGUGGACUGGAGGACAGGUGGACCAGAGGACAUGUGGACAGGUGGACCGGAGGACAUGUGGACCGACCGGAGGACAUGUGGACAGGUGGACCAAAGGACAUGUGGACCGGAGGACAUGUGGACAGGUGGACCAGAGGACAUGUGGACAGGUGGACCAGAGGACAUGUGGCCCAGAGGACAUGUGGACAGGUGGACCGGAGGACAUGUGGACAGGUGGACCAGAAGACAUGUGGACAGGUGGACCAGAAGACAUGUGGACAGGUGGACCGGAGGACGUGGACCAGAAGACAUGUGGACAUGUGGACCGGAGGACAUGUGGACAGGUGGACAUGUGGACAGGUGGACCGGAGGACAUGUGGACAGGUGGACCGGUGGACAUGUGGACAGGUGGACCAGAGGACAUGUGGACAGGUGGACCGGAGGACAUGUGGACCGGAGGACAUGUGGACAGGUGGACCGGUGGACAUGUGGACCAGAGGACAUGUGGACAGGUGGACCAGAGGACAGGUGGACCAGAGGACAAUUGGACAGGUGGACCGGAGGACAUGUGGACAGGUGGACCAGAGGACAUGUGGCCCAGAGGACAUGUGGACAGGUGGACCGGAGGACAUGUGGACAGGUGGACCAGAAGACAUGUGGACAGGUGGACCGGAGGACGUGGACCAGAAGACAUGUGGACAGGUGGACCGGAGGACAUGUGGACAGGUGGACAUGUGGACAGGUGGACCGGAGGACAUGUGGACCGGAGGACAUGUGGACAGGUGGACCGGUGGACAUGUGGACCAGAGGACAUGUGGACAGGUGGACCAGAGGACAGGUGGACCAGAGGACAAGUGGACAGGUGGACCAGAGGACAUGUGGACAGGUGGACCAGAGGACAUGUGGCCCAGAGGACAUGUGGACAGGUGGACCGGAGGACAUGUGGACAGGUGGCCCAGAGGACAUGUGGACAGGUGGACCGGAGGACAGGUGGACCAGAGGACAUGUGGACAGGUGGACCAGAGGACAUGUGGACAGGUGGACCAGAAGACAGUGAAGGUGAACAUAUCAGAUGGCUGCUGGAGAAGAAAUGACUCAGACUUCAAUUCAGUUCUUAACUUUUAUUUUUUGACAUCACAUUUUUGUCCUCUUACAUUUACACAGACUGGUUCCCUCCGCCAGUUAAACCAGUCCAACCAGUUCCACUGGAUUCAUUUAAGGCACAUUAAAGGCGAUUCAUUCACUUAUUAACAAAAUAAUGAAGAUUUUUGGUCUGAAAAUAAACAAACA